AUGUGUUUCAUGGUGCAGCGUGAAGUCGCUGAUCGCCUGACCGCUGAGUGCGGAACGCGUAAAUAUGGCCGACUGACAGUGAACGUUGCCAUGACGAUGCAGGUUGAAGCGGUGUUCGAUGUUCCACCCACUGCAUUUUCCCCUCCUCCCGAAGUACAAUCUAGCAUGAUUUAUAUGCAGCCAAAACAACUGGAAGAACCGGAUACAGUCACUGCCUUCGCUUUUUCCGAGUUGGUUCGUCUAGCGUUUGGUAACCGAAGGAAGACUUUGAAAAAUUCUCUCGCCGGACUGAUUGAUGAAACGAAUUUUCUAGAAACCGGUAUUGACGCAAAUUUAAGAGCUCAAAACUUAAGCCCCGAAAACUAUAUGCGACUUGCCCAUAAUUCAGUCUUGCACAAUCCAAGAGCCCGGGAAAUUUUCAGCAACAUCCGAUGA